GCCGGGUGUAAUUACGAUAAAAUAGCGUCGAAAGAGGGGGGAAAGGGAGGUCACAAGUACGUGCGCGUACAAACUGAUUCGCUUCCAACCUCCGGUCAGCACCGGUGAAGGUAUUGUAGGAGGGAGUCAAAAUCGAAAGUGUAGCUUGCUCGCGGUUUUCACGUCGCGCGCCGUUUAGUCCAUCGCGGUGUUCCGAUCUAAUGUAUCGGUGACCUACCUGCCGAUCUCCGAUACUUUCUACUUCGUCGGUUUCUCCCGUCGUCGGUCAGACGGAGAUCUCGCCGGAUUUUUCGUCGCCGGCGACGAUCUUUGAGGACAGUCCAUCUGUCUUCUUUCAGCCGCGAUCGUCUACACGCGGAUUAUAUAAAAGAGAUUCGUGUCUAUGAUUUUUAAUAAAAAAAGAAAUAAGAGAAGACAAUAGAGAUAAAAAAAGAGACUGCGAAAAACGAAGUCACUUCACGUGCUCACGAAAUCACGUCGAAGACUCGAGAGGGUGAACGAACGAAAGAGCGAGAUAUCCGUUGAGAAGUUCCCCCGGGGUUACCCCACGAGAGAGAGAAAGCAUGCGAACGAUAUAGACACCCGGCUACAAGAUCUGGAAAAGUGAAAGCAUGUUAAAAGAAUCGGCAUCAAGUUCGAAGCCGACAGAAACAUAAAUCCACUUCUAUGAGGAUUUUAUUCGGGAUUUUCUAAACGCAAUAAUCUUAUCUUUAUUCUUCCAACUCUUCAAGUGUUAUUUCGAAAAGCUCUCGCCGCACAACAGUGACAACCCGGUUAAAGUCACUCUGCGAGCCAGAAAUAGGGAAAAAUUCAAAGAAAUUAAUUCUCUGCCUUGAUGCGAUUUGACGAUGCACGAAGAUCUUCAUCAUCCAUAAAGCUUCUUUCCGAUAAACGAUAAAGAAUAAAGCAACGAAUGGUAAAUUCGAAGAAAUGCACGAGUCAAGAAUAAGGCGAGACAUCAUGCAGUGAUAAAGAAUAACUGUCGUAAUUACGCGGAUUGUGUACAUUUAAUACGUUUUUAUUUGCACUAUAAAUACAUAAAAAAAUACGAAAUCAUAUUCUUAUAUUUACCACGUAAUAAAAAGCGCUCACAGUGAUAUGUGGCGCGGAUCGUAAAAUACACACGACGUGACUUUCGUGCCCGACUGGACAAUCCAAUUUCGCCGCUCCAGCCAAGAAGAUGUCAAGCUCCGAGUGCGUGGAGACCGGAAAGAGAAAGAAAAAGACAAAGUCAGUUAUAUCUAUCUACUUAUCAAGGAGUGAUGAUAAAACGGUUGCGGUCAACAAGACACAGGUCUCCAAAUUUCGACAAACGUUACCGCAAUGUUGCGCGGUUAGCGCAAAAAAUUUACUACUGCUCACGUUCGGUUCUUCUUUGGGGUUUUCAACUAUCCUCAUCCCGGCUUUACAGAGAGAUGAUUCGGAUAUCAUUGUCAGUUUAGAGGAGCUAACAUGGAUCAGUAGUCUGAAUUUAUUUCUCGUGCCAAUCGGCUGUCUCGUGAGCGGACCGCUCUCGCAACAUUUCGGGAGAAAGCGCACAAUGAUGAUGUCCAACAUUCCAUUUGUGGUGGCCUGGCUGAUAUUUCACUAUGCCAACAAUUCAGCGAUGCUGUUUACAGCGCUCGCGUUGACAGGACUGACCGGAGGUCUUCUAGAAGCACCGGUUUUGACUUACGUUGCAGAAAUAACGCAGGCUCACUUGCGCGGCAUUCUCUCUGCGACUUCCUCAGUAGCCGUCAUACUAGGUGUCUUCACGCAGAUGUUAGGUGGCAGUUUGGCUCACUGGAGAACGGUAGCAUUGAUCAACCUGGCUUAUCCGGUUCUUUGCUUCUUCUCGUUGUGCCUGGUGCCCGAGAGCCCGUAUUGGUUUGCUGUUAAAGGUCGUCUUAAGGAAUCAGAGCAAGCUCUCUGCUGGCUACGCGGCUGGGUAGGCCCGAACCAAGUGAGAGACGAAUAUCGGACGCUCUGCGAAGCGGUGCAGAAGCCGGCCGAUACCGGGGAGAAAGAAAAGACCUGGCGAUUGUACACCAAACGCACGUUCUACCUGCCUUUCAUCCUGGUUAGCGCAGCUUUCUUCAUCAGCGCCUUUAACGGCAUCGCGACCUUGCAGACUUUCGCCGUCGUGAUAUUCGUGAAGCUCAAAGCGCCGAUCGACAGUUAUACGGCCGCGGUGUGUUUAGGUGUCGCGCAAUUGAUCGGCACUUUGAUCUGCGUGAUGGCGAUUCGUUUUAUGGGAAGACGCACACUGUCCUUCCUGUCGGUUGGCGGCACCGGCCUGUGCUUCCUCCUCGCUGCUAUCUACGGCUAUCUGAACGACGCGGAGUACAUAAAUGGGGUGAACUACACCUGGAUACCGACCAUUCUCAUGAUAGGCAGUGCCUUCUUGUCGCAUAUCGGCAUCAGGUUGCUGCCGUGGAUCCUCGUGGGCGAGGUGUUCCCCGUGAAUGUACGCAGCAGCGCGACCGGCGCGGCCGGCUCGAUCGGCUACAUCUUCACAUCGAUCGCAAAUAAAUCCUUUCUCUACAUAAUGAACGGGCUAACACUGUCCGGCACGUUCUUCUUCAACUUUCUGAUCAACCUGAUCGGCGGCUGUUUACUAUUCGUGAUAUUACCCGAGACCGAAGGUAGGACUUUGAGGGAAAUCGAGGAACAUUACGCAGGCAUACAAGACCUGAGGAACAGGCCUAGAAAGGAACAACACGUCUUAAAGGAGAAAUGGGCUGCCACGAAUUCGGCGGUUGUCUACGAUGAAAAUAGCGAGAGCAAAUUGUAAAUUGACUUAUCAUUGCCGACGCGUUGUGCGAUAACAUUAUUUAUUCAAUGAAGUUUUGUUAAGAACAAUGCGAAAUCGCGUUAACCGGACGAGCUGGAUACCUGGUUUUUUGAACGAAGAAAAUAUGAACAAAGUCCAGCUUCGAAGGUUAUUAUUUUCUAGACACGGUUAUUAAAUCUAAUAGCCGCUGUGCGCGGUUUAUUAUGCGCCGCUUGAACAAGAGAAAAAUCAUCGCGCAAACAAAUCGAUCGCCUUUCCGCCAUUGACGUUGGAAUAGAUGAAGGAAAAGAGGGGAGAGAACAAGAGAUGAUCGAAUAUAAAGUGAUGAUGAAUUUUAAUUAAUUUGGAAGUAGCACAGCGGAGCUCAAUUAUACAAAAGCACGUAAUUGAAGCAAUUUUACUGAUUCCGAGGUGAAACUUCCGGGCAAGGAGCUAAAAAGCGAACGCGCGAUUCCACAAGGUUACAGCGCGUUAAAGUCGCGAGUUACUUAUCAUUUCGCGUUACUUCGUAGAAAAAAACGCGAAGCCGCCACGAAGAGCUCCUAAUAUCGGUUAAGAGCGGAACGCUCGAGAAGCAGACAUUGCCUUAUCGAUCUCGAGCUUGUUCCUCCGCUAUCGCUUAUAGAAGCUUCCAUAUUUCAUGAGAACGCGUUCUGUUGCGCGAUUAGAUACGUCGGUUUUAAUAAAUACACGAGGCCACGAUUGUCAAGUGAAACUAAACUAACUAUACCGACGGAUACGUGUUACUCUCGUGCGACGAUUUAGUGAUUAUUAGUGCUAAACGUACAAAGGAUAUAUUUUGAGCUAAAGUGUCAGAUGAUUUUAUUUUUGUAUUUCGCCCAAAUAUUGUUCACGGUGGAAUAUUACACGUCCAUUCGAUGAAGUUAAGAAUUCUUAAUGAAUAGAGACGCUGUAAAUAGUAGACUUUACGCAUUUUUGUAAUGUAUAAUAAAAAGCCUUAUACAUAAAAUUAAGGAACGACUGCUAAUUAAUAUAUAAGUAAUAUCGAAAAGAAAAGAAGAAUUAUCCAAAUAAUCCAUUUUUAUAUAUAUAAAUAAUUGACCGUAUCUCAAACCGCCGAAAAUAAUCGAUUAUUUUUUAAUCUUUGCAUAAUUACUUAUAUUAUACUUAAUAAAUAAUAUGUAAUUGCAUCUAUAGACCUACCGCUGAAGAAAGAAAGAAUAUCGUAGUACUUGGAAAUAAAAAGUUUAUUUGAUCUUUCAUUGAGUCAUAUUACGACUUUAUUCUAUCAGUAAAAACGGUAGCUACUCGUAGUGGAGAUUUUGCAAAUAUAUUUUGGAAUGAUAUGUCUUGCUAGACCCGUGGAAAAGGCGCUUAACAGAUUGCCUGGCGCCAACCAGCGGUAUUGCAAAAAGGCCAGUUACCAGUGGGUUUGAAUCUUGACUAAAUAAGGUUCGCAUCUUGGCUGUAAUAUU